CUAAGGAGAAAUAAAGCCUCGAGCCCAGGCGGUGAAUGCGGCCACGGAUUGCGAAAUUUCCCCGGCCCGUUUCGUCCUCCCGGUUAAUCGUAGGACCUCCAUCCGAGUCAACCUGCUCUCUUGUUCUUCCUGUUUGCGGACACAUUGGAAUAUUGGCAGCUGCUCGCGACGUUUUCCUGGAUGCUGAGGCAUGCGCCCUAAAAACUCUGGAAUUGAUGUAUUGCAGAGCGCAGAUCUGCAUUUAUUACCUGCUGUGGACAGCGACGCUUACCUUAGAACAGGAAACCAGUACCGCGAAAAAUUGGGACUGCCCUGCAGAAUGCAUUUGCCUAUCUCCGAAGCAGGUUCUCUGCAAUACAGGUGGGUUAAAAGACAUUCCUACCCAGCAGCUGCCACAAACAGUGGAGGAACUCUCCCUGACAAAGAACAACUUCCCGGUAAUAAAAGGCGACGCAUUCGCCGGCUUGAGAGUGCUGCGAAAGCUGACGAUGGAUGGUAACAACAUCUCAACCAUACGUCCAUUCGCAUUUCGAGGGUUGAGCAAAUUACGCGAACUCUCCAUUCAACACACACCUCUACCAUUCAUCGAAAAAUUCUCUUUCGCCGCUCUACAAAACGUAUCAGUAUUGUUAUUGGCGAACAACAAGAUACGAUACAUCGAAGGCUACUCAUUCGCCGGGACCUCCAAUGUCCGUUUAAUUUUAUUGAGCAAUAACCCGUUGCUCAGAAUUCAAAGCCACGCGUUUUCAGGCUUAACGAACGUGGUUCGCCUGAUAUUCCCGUCAGGAAUAAGAACCAUCGAGCCGGACGCAUUCGAUGGCCUCCAGUAUAUCGGUCUCCUAAAGUUGACCUACAUGGACCUGUCUUCCCUUCAAUCUUACACAUUCCGUGGCUUGUCCUAUGUGCAGUCGUUGAACAUUCAGGAAAGCGAUUUGGGCAUCGUCGAGAAGGAUGCCUUCACUGGGCUCACCCACGUUGAUCGACUGAAUAUCGUAAAUAACAAGAUCGAUCUGAUCGAGAAAUUGUUUCUGCGAUACGAAAACAAUAUAGAUAUGUUAAGAUUCCAUGGGAAUCACGUAUUGGAGGCGCCUCGACAUGUCAAAGACAUCAAUCUGGAAGUGAAUUCUAUCAGCGCCAUUGAUAACCACUUUCCCUGCGACUGCCAGGCUCACAAUGUACUGGACAGCGAUUUUGUCAAUGGCACUGUUAGCGAAUUUCAGAAGAGAAAUUAUUGUAUCUCGCCGAUCGAGUACAACGGGAAACACAUGGACCUAGUAGACUUCGGAUUAGUCGCCAGAUGCUAUGACAACGUCGUGCAGGAUAACCUGGGCUCCGGUGUCGUUGGGAUCUUCACUCUGCCAACCACUCUGUUCCUCAUUCUUCUGUUCCCCAUGAAUUUAUUCCAGUGAACCCAGGUCUGCUUCAUAAGGUUAGACAAGAGAAUUUUCGAAAGUAAUGUAUACCAAACUUUUCCUAUAAUUCUUUCUCAUUUAAAUAUUUAUGUAUUUAUACACAUAACAGAUUGUUUCAUAUAAUACAGAUAACCUACAAACUGAUACAUUUUUUUAAUCUUGUUUCACAUAAAACAUCGAGAUAGAUCCACAACAGUUCCAGAUUCGGUAGAGGUUUAACUAUCAUUGCGGCUCCAUUUCGUGAAGUCACUCUCAAGAAACUUUUUCUAUCAUUCGAUUAUUAUAACUCGUACAAUCUUAAGCAUGCGACUAUGAGCUUUAACUGGCCCAUGUAACUGGGCUGGCGAAACCGCAUCCAUUUGGAUUUAUUCCGUAAACUAAAGAUGAUUCCGAGUAAGUUACUUGUUCACGUUUAUCACGUCAUAUUAUAUUAACCCUUCGUUUUAUAUGAGCUUUCUUUCAAUUAUUUUUAACCCAUUCGAGGCCAAAAUCUUAUUAAAAGAGAAUCUCCAAGAACCAGCAGGACCAGCUUUUGAAGUUCCUACUAAAUUCCUUUUUAUCUUAGAAUUUAAACCAAUAUUUAUUUUAAUUCUUACACAAUUUUCCUACCAUCUGAUUUUUGUAGGAAAUUAUUUUGCUAGCAUCUUCUUGAGACUGGUAGCAAAGACGCACAAGAUGCGUCCGCCUCGAAUGUGUUAAUUAUUCAAGAAAUUUGAUUGAAUGCCUUAAUAUGGAUAAUAUGUACUGCCAUGACUUUUUAAUGUACCUUUGAAUGUAUGAAGCAAAGAAUUAACAACCAGAGUUGAAUAGAUAAUUUACGUCGAUGAUAAUGAAAGUACAUAGGGAGUAAGGAUAUAAUAAGGUGAACUUAUGUAAGAAACCUUUGGUGAAAGAAUCGAGUUUUUCCGUAACCCAAGGGAAAUAAAUAGCGCUAUUCGUGUUUUGUCUUAGAAAAAGUUAACUCUCAGUGGAAUUCUCAAAAUAUUUUACAUUUGUCAGUAUUUUUUAUCAUUUAUUGGGUACCACGUUUAUUAUUAUUGAAUUUGGGAAAUUAGUUGAAAAUAUCUCGAUUCUCUGAGAGUUAACCGAUCAUGUGAAUUCUACAUGUGCGUAGUCUUCCUUAGGUAAACAAACCGCUCUAAUAAAAAGUUCGAUUUUGUUAUGUAUAUUUGAAAAUAGUAAUAUGAAGUUCUUCAGGAUAGUUUAUCUUCAGAUUUUUAUUUAUUUUUAAUAAAAAAUAAGAUAUAUCUCGCGGCCUAAAUUAUUUCCUUUUACUGAUUAUAAAUUUUUAUUAUUUUAAUACGUACAAGAAUAAGGGCUAUUUACCGAAUAUUUCAUUGUUUCGCCGAAGUUUAAACUAAAAGUCUAAAACCGUGCUUUUAACUACGAAAGAAACGAAAAGAGAGAAACAUUUUUUCUCUUGUCAUUUGUAAUGUAAAGUCUGCGUGGCCUUCGGUCAGCAUAGUAACCGAGGACCAAACUAGCUUAUAUUUUUUACCAACAUCUACCACAUAACGUAUAACAAAAAAUAAUAAUAUAAAAUAAUAUAAUAUUAUAAAUAAAAAAUAAUCUGUAACCUUUUAUUGUAGUUAGAGCGAUCUGUCAUUUAAUAAAUGAUUAAAAAAAGA